GCGCUUCGCCAGCUGUCUCUAAGCAUUAUGCCUUCCCCUAUUCCUGUAGAUCGGUUUUUGCCCCGGGACCUGUCACCCUCCGUUGAUUUGCGUCCAUGCAGCAGCCCCUUAGAACUAAACCGCUUCAAGCCGGGUACCCUCUCUACAUCUUGCAGCCGCCGUUCCUCCGGCCGUAGACUCCCUCCCCGUCUGGCCUGGUGUAACAUUGAUUGGGAGCAGGUACGUCUACAGGAGCCGCUGGGCUCAGGAGGAUUUGGCUCAGUGUACCGGGCCACGUACCGGGGGCAAACCGUGGCUAUCAAGAAGGUGAAGCGCUGCACUAAAAACCGCCUAGCUUCCAGGCAAAGCUUCUGGGCCGAGAUGAACGCCGCUCGCCUCCGGCAUCCGCAUGUAGUGCAGGUCCUUGCUGCCAGCGCUUCUUGCCCCGGUGACCCAGACAUCUCCGGCACCAUUAUCAUGGAGUAUACCGGCACCAGCACGCUGCACCACCGCAUCUAUGAGAUCGGCCUUCCGCUGGGUAAAGAAUGCUGCCUGCGUUACGCCUGGCAAGUUGCAGAUGGACUGUGCUUCUUGCACCGGGGCGGAGUGGUGCACUUGGAUCUCAAACCGGCCAAUGUGCUACUGGCUCCGGGAGACCUGUGCAAGAUUGGAGACUUCGGCUGCUCGCAACGCUUGCAGGACGGAGAAGACAACCUGUGCUGCACCCAACUCCGCCACCUGGGAGGCACCUACACGCACCGAGCCCCGGAGUUGCUGAGAGGAGAGCCGGUCACGGUAAAGGCGGACAUUUAUUCCUUUGCAGUAACCCUGUGGCAGAUGGUGACUGGCGAGAUCCCAUAUACUGGAGACCGGCAAUGUGUGCUUUAUGCAGUGGUGGCUUAUGACUUACGGCCUAACCUGGGACAGCAAUUCAUGUGCACCGAGGAAGGGCAGGCACUAAGGGACUUGGUGGAAAGCUGCUGGGCAGCACGACCAGAGAACCGACCCAAUGCAGAGCAGAUGAUAGAAAUCCUGGAGUCUGUUCGAUCAUCGCCUUCAGGGUGCACGGAUUCCGUACAGGGACAGAGUUGCACGGAUCAUGCGCAGAGCUCAUCGCUUGAGAAUGAGCACGCGCUAAUUUACAGCCACAGAGAUGUGCAGGUGUUUGCACCAGAAGACAAUCUCAGGGAUACCUUUCAGGGUUGUGCCUCUAUGGAUGAGGACUAUGUUUUACAUUCCGCGGGCUCGUUGCACCAACCUGCCCCAGCAUCAGUGCACAGCACGUGUAACCUCAUCACCCAGUUGCACUACAUUUCUUCAUGAAGCACUACUAUACUCAUUUUUGGAAAACGGCAGGUGAAAUAAACAUAAGAUCUGAGAUACCCUACCAAGUAUUGUCAUCUACAUGUGAAAAUCUUUAAGUGCCAUUUUAUUGAACACAGCCCUCUUAGAUCAGUAUUUUAGAAGCCAGGGAGAGAGGUUUGUCUUAGAUAAUCCCUGAGAACAAUAUUUCUAGUCUCUGUUUAUCAAUUGCAGGUAUCUUCUACUUAGAUCAUUGGUUAGGGUCGUGAUCAAACACCUUCCUGAUUUAAAUUAUUUUCCCAGAAAUCCCGAUCAUAUUAUAAAAUGUUGACUUGAUUGCACUUCAGCUAUUUAAAUAUUUUGUUUUGACUUCAGACACUUGGGUGUUAGUACAUGAGAACUUAUAUGCUACCAUUUAUUUAUUUUCCUCAUAAGGUAACACUGUUGAAACAGACAUGCUCUACCUAAUUUCUUUACAGCUAGUGUAGAGUUAACUCAUUGUUGGCUUUUUCCUCAGUGGGGUAAAGGAGUGUCUUGGAUACCUUGUGUCAAACUGCUGGCAGACAUGGAUAUCACUCUCUGCUGGUGCUGAAGAAAUGCAUGCAGUAGAAUAGUGUGCAUACAGUUUCAGCUGGUAAAUAAACAACCAAAUUCCAGGGCAUUGAAUAUGUCAAAAAAAUUCUGUCUGAUAUAAGAAGUUUGUAUAAUAAGAUAAACUAAUUCAACAUAAAAUCUUCCAUGCACUUUGUAAUUUUCUCAAAUUGUUUUAGUAACUGUUAUAUCUUCCACGGUCAGCCUUUUUUUUUAUUAUUUAUUUUCUUAUUUAUUAAUUAAAGUAACAUGCUGUUCCGUGGCAGAUGCAUCUUCUGCUGUUAUGUGUGUUUCCUUAAAGUAUGUGCAUUGUAUAUAUUUGUUUUGUGAGUGGCAAUAUAGUAAUAUAAUAAAUUUCCGUGUUUUUCUGUAUUUCCAUUUCAGAUCUUUACAGUUGAAUUAAAGGGACGGUAAAGGAACAAUUAAAGUUGCAUCGCAUUUUAAACAACUUUCCAAAUUGCUUCUAUUACCAAUUUUGCCUAGUUAUUUGGUUAUCCUUUGUUAAAGAGUAAUCAUAGGUGAGCUUAGGAGUGUGCACAUGGUUUUUAGCCAUCUGGCAGCGUGUGCAACAAUGUUUAUAGCAAUGUUAUACAUAGUCGCAAACACAGCUACCAUAUAAUGCUACAGACAUUCUAUGACAGUUUGCAGCUAUUUUAUAACAUUGUUUUAAUAAUUUUUGCUAACACUUGCCUGAUGGCUAAAGACACAUGCACACUUCUGAUCUCACCUAGGAUUACUCUUUAUCAAAGGAUACCAGGA